CCAACGCACAUCGAUUUGACAUGGAGAUGCCCUGAAAUCUCCCGGCUGCUGGCUCCAGGUGUAGCGGGUUGCAGUGAUUCAGAUUCCACCACUAGAGUUCUCCCUGUGGCUCCGCUCGGCUCCGUCUGCCCCGUGUUUACCUCUCAGCCAAGCUGGACACAGACCUUCACCAACAGACCCCAGUAGCUCGAAAAUUACUGAUGUAAGCUGACUCGAGUCCAAUCCUCAACGGAUUUUCUGCAGCGCUUUGUGCUUGUGACACGGAGGUGGAGUUGUCAUGAAUAAGGAAAUCAUGUCACGUGUGGUGAAGAAGAGGCAGGCGGACCCAAAGGUCGUCCAGUAUGUCUGGGAAGCUAUCGAGGUCAUACGCAACCAGAAACAAAUCGCAAACAUGGACAGGAUCUCAAAGUACCUGAGCCGUGUGUUUGGCAUGCAUCCGAAGGAAACCGCCAGACAGUUGAGCCUGGCUGUGAAGGACGGCCUGGUGGUGGAGACCCUGACCGUUGGCUGCAAGGGCUCCAAGGCCGGCAUCGAGCAAGAGGGAUACUGGCUGCCUGGGGAUGAGAUGGAUCCAAAAGCCGAGGGAAGCAAGGUUAGUAAUCACUCAGCGGACAGACCAGAGUUUGAAUGUGAGCAGCACUCUGAAGCAGGGCCUAGAUGGAGGCCAGUUCUCCCACCGCAGGACUGGGAGACGGAGAGCCACGACUGGUACUGCUUCGAGUGUCACCUACCGGGUGACGUCCUAACAUGUGACAACUGCUUCCGAGUCUAUCAUCUCAAGUGUCUGUCGGACGAGUGCAAGCCCAGAGACGGAGGAUCUCCCUGGCAGUGCGUCGUCUGCAGGGGAAGUAAAAAGAAGAACUUAAACAAACAGGAGAUGUGUAAAUACCUGCGCUUCAUUGUCCAGCGUAUGAAGGAGAGGGCAGUGGACCUGAACAAAAAAGGCAAAGACACUAAACAUCCCAUGUACAGACGACUGAUCCACACUGCACUGGACGUCUCCAACAUCCAAGAGAAUCUGUCUGAAGGAAAGUACAAGACUUUUGAAGAGUUCAAAGCAGACGCUCAGAUGAUUGUUCACAACACUGCCAUACUGUACGGAGUUCACAGCGACCAGGCCGAGAUUGCACGGUUGCUCUUCAGUGACACGUGUCAUGAGUUGAAUGAGUUGUUGCUAUGCAAGAACUGUUUCUACCUGUCGAACGCCCGGCCCGACAACUGGUUCUGUUAUCCCUGUAGCCCCAGCCAUGACUUGGUUUGGGCCAAGAUGAAAGGUUUUGGCUACUGGCCAGCCAAAGUCCUGCAGAGAGAGGACAACCAGGUGGACGUACGCUUCUUUGGACAUCAACACCAGAGAGCGUGGAUCCCCUCAGAGAACAUCCAGGACAUCAAGGUGAGCGUGCAGCAGCUGCAGGUGAAGCGCAGCAAUGGUUGGAAAAAAGCGUGUGAAGAGCUGGAGGUGUACCAGAGCUUCCUGAAGGAAGGACGCUUCUGGAAAACGAAGAUGGAGGACGGCAGCCCGCCACACCAACAGAGUCAGCGGCAGCAGCAGCAGGAGGAGGGCAGCGUGAGGACGGACAGGAUGGAGCGGACGGACGAAGCAGAGUCCAGCAUCUCCUCCACCAGCAAUGAGCAGGUCCGCCAUCUCAAAGGCAGCCAGGAGCCCAAGGCAAAGAAAAGCCGUCGGAGUCACACGGUUGAGCCCAAAGAAGAAGUCAGUGACCCGGAGCCGGAGAUGGAGGCCGUCAGCUCCAGCCAGGAGAUCCCGGUGUCGUCGGCACCGCAGCAGCCAGAAAAGCUGUCGGUGUCCACGCAGACCAAGAAGGCCAACGGGGGGUCGCCGCGCACGCUGCAUCGCGGCACGCAGACCAACAGCGAUGGUGCCUGUCAGAACAUGUGCCACGAGAAGUACACCAAGGUCUUCAACGACGUGAAGGAGAUGAUGAAGGCCGACAACAAGAGGGAGACUGAGAGGGUCGUCAGAGAAGCUCUGGAGAAGCUCCGUGCAGAGAUGGAGGAGGAGAAACGCCAGGCGGUGAGUAAGGCGGUGGCUGGAGCUCAGGCGGAGAUGGAGAGGAAAUGUAAGCAGGUGAAGGAGAAGUGCAAAGAGGAGCUGGUGGAGGAGGUGAAGAAGCUGGUGGCUCAACACAAACAGCUCAUCUCCCAGACCAAGAAGAAGCAGUGGUGUUAUAACUGCGAGGAGGAGGCCAUGUACCACUGCUGCUGGAACACCUCGUACUGCUCCAUCAAAUGUCAGCAGGAGCACUGGCACGCCGACCACAAACGAACCUGCCGCAGGAAGAGAUGAAUGAACAAGCCCCGCCCCUACCCGACCUUACACAGCACGCCAUUGGCUCUGUCCUCGCCUCCUCCUGUCAGUCAGUGUCUACAACAAACACAAACACUCUUCUCCCUCCUGCUUCUCGACUUGCCUUCCUGAAAACUUUGUGGACCCGAUGGUUUUUUUGUGCGUGCGGAGCGGUUUUGUUUCUAUUAUUUAAUGUACCCAUUGUAUUGAUUUUACUUUCUACGCUUUUAUUUUUUCUGAACAGUGAACAGUUUGUUCAACAGCAUGACUCGAACGAGUUAUGACCUUGUUUUUUCCCUCUUCUUUUUUUUUUUCUUUUUUUUACUGAAGUGCUAAUUUUGUGUUGGAGAAUGUGUUAUUUAAGUGUGUAGGAACAGGUGAGCAUUAACUGAAUACAUUUUAUUACCUGACUUUUUAAAAGAAACCUUUUUCUUACUGUAAAUGCAGCAAAGCGCACGCCGUCGAUCCUACAGAACAUUUAAAAAAAAAAGGUACCGUAAGCACCAUCGCAGCAUCAGACUGACUCCGCUUUCAUACAGAAAACCGGUUUUAAAAAGGAAAAAAAACAACAAAAAAACAUUAAAUUGUGGAUUAAAAGGCUCGCUGACUUUAAUGCAAUUUAUUCUUUUCACGAAUCUAUUGCGGUGGAUAGCACCUUUUACCAUUUUUAUCGAAAAUUUUAUUGUCCUAAAGUCACUUAUUGGGAACAGGGUCAAAAAGUCGGCUUUAAAAGAUGCCGACCAAAAAAAAAAAAUCUUCCAUGAGAGAUUUUUAUUGUAAUUAUGCACAUUUUUGGUUUCUUUUUUUGGGGGGACUAGACUGUGUUUUUUUUUUAUGAGUUGGAUGAAACCAGGAAGUUUUGAGUUUGUACUGAAGCCGAGGGGAUGUACAGCAAUCUUUCCUGAGCUGGAUCUUAGAGAGGUUACAUGAUUUGACAGUUUUGUUGUUGGGUGGUUUGUUGUUGGUUCUUUUUAGUUUUUUUGUUUGCACAUUUCAUUUUCUUAACAACCCAAAUGCUUGUAAUAUUGCCAAAAAAAAGUCGCACCUUUUGAUGAACCUACCUGAGAAUAUCUGGCGGCGACUCCUCUCCUCUCUUCGCCCUCCUGCAGUGUAUUUAAAAAGGAAAAAAAAAAAGAUGUAUAUUUUCCGGAGCGUCAUCAGUGUCAUUUUUCUAGUGACGUACACUCGAGAUUCCUCAUCAUCUUUUUUCCCCCCUUUAAUCUGAAGUGACUAGCUAUGAGACUCUUUCACUGCGUAUGCUGUAGUUGGUGGUCGGUGCCUGUUUCUUCUUCUCAUCCUCUCACCCAGUGAGGCCACAUGCAUGUAGAUAGUUUCAUAGUUUUUUUUCAUUCAUUAAGGGAAAACAAGCAGGAAAAAACGACCAGACGUCUGGUCUCCAUAAAGAAGUGAUAAUGGAUGGACCAAUAUAAAAAAUAUGCAAAUAUGAAUGAUCAAACUUUUUCUUUUCCUCCCCCUGUGCUCAGUGUUGAGUGUUGAUGUCUAAUUACGGUGCUUAGAAUCACUUUUAUUUGAAUUCUUUUGAUGGGGCAAUAAAAUUGCCAGUUUUUAAUGGAUUUUUUUUUUUUGUUUGUUUUUUUGUUUGACUGUUUCUUCAGUUAUGAAAGAUGAGAGAAACUUGCUUUACCCCAAGUUGCCUUUUUCCUUUAACAUAUGAAAAAUAAGACGCUGUGAAUUCUCACAUGGUGGGCAGCCCUGUAGUUUCAGUGCUGUUGGCUGUGAACGAAGCCUCCAUCCUUGUAUGCACUACGUGCUGUGUUUUAGCAGUCGAAUGUUUGAAGAGAUCAGCUUUCUCCAACAGCAACAUGCAAUAUUUGUCCCAAUGAUCACCAGCUAAUCAGGCUGUUACACUUUAUUCUUUUGAUUUUUUUCAAAUAACAAUAGAACAUUUCUGUAACAUUUGUUUGUCUGGUUUUUUUUUUGUUUUUUUUUUAAAGACAAAAAAUAAUUGUGGGGGUUUCCAGCUGUGAGUCACGAAAAGCUACACUAGUAGAAAAUAUAGAGCUGAAUUGAGUUUAACAAGUCCGGUAAUGUGCAGUGAACACACAGACUCUGUUAAAUGGGUUUUACUUAAUCGGGCCCAUUUUUUUUUUUUUUUCAAAGAAGAAGAUUUCUGAUGUAACAAAGUGGUUAAAACUUGUUACUGUGCUGGAUGUUUGUCUUCUUUAUGAAACAUCUGAGCGGUGCAAAAACACUGUCAUAGAAUCCUUAUUUAAUGUAGUAAUUGUGACAAAAUGCAACAACACAAACUAAAACGGAGCUUAAAAUCUCUUCACUAUAAAGUGCCUGUUUUGUUUGACCAGUUCACACAAAUACUAAAUAAACUACAUACUUCUUACUUCUGUUACUUAAAAAAUUACAAAAACACUUUAACAAAAAGGUAAAUUUAUUCACCAACCCUCAAAAACCGAUUUGGUAAUCAACAUUUACUUUAUGUGAUCUGCACACUUCACUGCAUGCUACCAUGUAGGGCGACAUUUUUAUGAGCUCUUACUUUUUACCUUGAACAGCUUUUAUUGUGAAAUUGGAGGAAAUGCAUUUCAUUAACAGGAAGUUUGAUGGGUAGGCUGGUGUAGCUUUUAUGUUUCUAAACACAGCUAAAGACAUUAAUAAAAUCAAGAUCUCGAAUGUCUGCAGCAACAAUCUCAAACAUAACUUUUAAUGAUUUAAAAAAAAAAAUUAUUUAUUUUUUUAUUCGAUGAUCUUUUUGACUUUUUUGUGGGGAAACUGCAUUCGGGUUUUGUUUUUGUUUUUUAACCAUCAGAUUAGUCCUGUUUACUAAUCAGGAGACACAAUUAAGACUUGUGUGAAUUAAUCACACGUCACCAGAGACGACUAAGAUUUGUUGUCCCUGUGCAGUAGUUGCUCUGACAGAUUGAAAGUGUGUAACACACAGACACAGCCUCACUAAUGAGAUUCAUUCAUUGUUGAUUUUACCGUUUACUGAAUUUGUUGAUAAUGAACCUAACCCGUGAUUUUUGGGCUGCCCACUAUUAGAGAAUUUACGGUAACGGUUGUUCCUCUGAAACGUCCCUCAGACAUGAAAACUCAUUAAAUCCUUUAUGAUGUGAUGUGUGCGUUACUCCUGUCAUGUUCUCAUAGCUCACAGUUCUCAUCUUCAGUGCACUACGUGUAAAUAAAACAUCCUUCUGUCCCCUCCGUCAUCUUAUUUGUACAUUGUAAAUGAUUUUUUCCCCCUGCGGAUGACUGUUAGUUGUAGUUUUUUACAAUCAUAUCAGGUGUGUGUGUGUGUGUGUGUGAGUGUGAGUGUGAGUGAGAGAGAGAGAGAGAGAGAGAUUUAGUUAUUGUUCUUUUAAGCUUCUUCAGUGUGUCUCAACAUUUCAGCAUCUCUUUUUAAAGCAGACCUUUUCCAAACCGGAGGCGGGGUUUGUGUUACACGUGACCUGCGAGGCUGCAGCUUUGAUUUUUUUUUUUUAUUAUUGUUUUUAUAUUUGUCCAUCCAGCCAUGAAGCUUUCGACGUGAUUUUUUUAUGUUAAACCUUUCUUUUUCUGGCCACGUGUAAAGCUUUGAUGCCAUUCCAGUUUGCAUUUCUGCUUUUUGAACUGCAUGAGUAAAGGUGUACCUCCAGCUCCUCGUUCGGUUUCUUCCCCUCACGUAAACAAAAAAGGCGUGAUUGCACUCCUUCAGAGUAACGCAAUAUGACAAUGAUUUAUAUCCCCCCUCUCUCGAUGCUGUUUUCAGCUUGAAUAAGAGUGAAUCGAUCAAAUUGUCCAAUCAUAUUUGCCUUUUCGCUGUUCUUAUUUCGGGAUAUUUUGGUACAUGCUGUGUACUACAUGGAUCCUCUUUGUACUUUAAGUACUUUUAGCAGGAAUAAAAUCAGUGUAAAGGUUUCUUUGUUCUCACUUCCUGUUGUUCUGUCCAUAUGUAAACUUUUACUCGUGGCUUAACAUUUUCUAUGCUCUUUUGUUUUCUCCCUUUUUCUUUGACACUUUAGCUAGCAAUAUGUAUAUAAAUAUAUUCUAUGUGCUAACAUGGAGGAAAUAAAUGUAUCAACAAGUU